GCGUCAGUUUUUAACUUUUUUUGCCUCGAGAAUCUCAAACUUCCUAAAGCAGAAAAGUAAUUACAUGCUGAGUUUUGUUUUGGAUUUGAAAUAAAAUACAAAAGUUUCAAUAACAUUGACUUUUUCUAACCCAUAAAACAACACACUAUCCAAACAAGAUGUCAUUUGAUGCCCCAGCUGUUUACGGUGCUCCAGUUCUUCCUGGUGAAGAAGCUGAACAAGAUUCAAAUCAAGAAAUUAUCACAGCUUUUAAGAACUUUGUGUUGGAAUACAGAGUUAAUAAUGAUUUCGUAUAUCGUGAUCAACUGAGAGAAAACUUGUUAGUGAAAGAAUAUUCAUUGACAGUUGAAAGUGAACAUCUUAUUGGUUAUAAUGAAAAUUUGAACAAGAGUUUAACUGAUGAUCCAUCUGAAAUGAUUCCUCUCUUUGAAAGAGCCAUCACUGACGUCGCUAAAAGAAUUGUCUUCUUGCAAGAUUCAGAAGUCCCACUAAGUUUCCCAGUUUGUCAACUUAUUCUAAGAUCUAAUGCCUCAACUUUGUCAAUCAGAGAGUUGGAUGCUGAUCAUAUAUCCAAGAUUAUUCGUGUCAGUGGUAUCAUCAUUAGUGCUUCCGUCUUAACUUCAAAAGCCACUUCAGUUCAAAUAAUGUGUCGUUCUUGUAGACACACUCAAAGAAUAUCUAUACAUUCAAGUUUUGGUGGGUUACAAUUACCUAAAACCUGUGCAGCUGUCCCAGCUGAUGGUGAAAAAUCUCAAUGUCCUCCUGAACCAUAUCUUGUUGUACAUGAUAAAUCACAAUUUAUUGAUCAACAGAUUCUAAAACUACAAGAAUUACCAGAAAUGGUGCCAGUUGGUGAAAUGCCUAGACACGUUUUAUUAUCAGUUGACCGUUAUUUAACUAAUAAGAUUAUUCCAGGUACUCGUUGUACAAUCAAUGGUAUUUACUCUAUUUAUCAAUCAAAAGUGAAGAAUGCCUCUUCGGUUGCUAUAAGAAACCCAUAUAUUAGAGUUCUAGGUAUUCAAACAGAUGUUGAUCAUAAUGCAGCUGGUAAUGCCAUAUAUACAGAGGAAGAAGAGGAAGAAUUUCUGGAAUUAUCAAGAAAUCCAGAUUUAUAUGAAUCUUUUGCUAAUUCUAUUGCUCCUUCAAUUUAUGGUAAUUUGGAUAUUAAAAAGGCCAUUGCAUGUUUAUUGAUGGGUGGAUCUAAAAAAUUGUUACCAGAUGGUAUGAGAUUAAGAGGUGAUAUUAAUGUCUUAUUAUUAGGUGAUCCAGGUACUGCUAAAUCUCAAUUGUUAAAAUUCGUUGAUAAGGUUAGUCCAAUCUCCAUUUAUACUUCCGGUAAAGGUUCUUCUGCUGCCGGUUUAACAGCUUCUGUUCAAAGAGAUAGUACUACAAGAGAAUUUUACUUGGAAGGUGGUGCUAUGGUUUUAGCAGAUGGUGGUGUUGUCUGUAUUGAUGAAUUCGAUAAGAUGAGAGAUGAAGAUAGAGUUGCCAUUCAUGAAGCUAUGGAACAACAAACAAUUUCUAUUGCCAAAGCUGGUAUUACAACUGUUUUGAAUUCAAGAACUAGUGUGUUAGCUGCUGCAAAUCCAAUCUUUGGUCGUUACGAUGAUAUGAAAACGCCUGGUGAAAAUAUUGAUUUCCAAACAACCAUUUUAUCAAGAUUUGAUAUGAUUUUCGUUGUUAAAGAUGACCAUAAUGAAGGUAGAGAUAUCUCAAUUGCUAACCAUGUUUUGAACAUUCAUACAGGUAGAAAUAACCAACAAGAAAUCGCUGGUGAAAUUCCAAUCGAUAAGAUGAAAAGAUAUAUUUCAUAUUGUCGUUCAAAAUGUGCUCCAAGAUUAUCUGAACAAGCUGCUGAAAAACUAAGUUCACAUUUUGUCGAAAUUAGAAAAACAAUCAAUGAUGCUGAAAAUUUAAGUGAUCAGAGAUCUUCAAUUCCGAUCACAAUUCGUCAAUUAGAAGCUAUUAUUCGUAUAACAGAAUCAUUAGCUAAACUACGUUUAUCACCUGUUGCUACUGAAGAACAUGUUGAUGAGGCUAUUAGAUUGUUUCAAGCUUCUACUAUGGAUGCUGCAAACCAAGGUAACAUUACUACUGCACCAAAAUUGAAAUUAGAAAUUGACAAGAUUCAAAAUGAAAUUAGAAGAAGAUUACCAAUUGGUUGGUCUACAAGUUAUCAAACCUUGAGAAGUGAAUUCGUUGCUGGUAAAAGUUAUUCCCAACAGGCUCUUGAUAAAGCUUUAUACGUUUUGGAAAGACAUGAAUCAAUCACAUUUAGAAACCAAAGACAAAGAAUUCUAAGGUCUGGUGUUUGA